AUGAGGGGACAUUUCUCCAUUGAGUGGCUGGCCCAGAGUAGUCGGGCAUCGGGCAGCACGAGCCCCUCACCUCCCUCCUCUUCCUGGACAUCCGUUGCGGCUGGACCCACCAGCACCUCUGGGACCCACCCUGAGAGCUUGCCUGGGUUCUACUGCCGACCGAGACCUAAAAAUAAAGAGAACCAGACAGAGAACAAGGUGAGGAGAGGACAUGGGCUGAUCCUACGCAGCAAUCCCAGCCUGGCAGGCUCUGAGACAGCUAAGAGGCGUAGCCCCCUCCACCACAAGCACCAAGUAGUGGCUGAGACUGGCUUCAUUAGUGGAACAGAGGGGGAGACGUCAGGGUACGAGAGUGAGGGCGGGCGCUCCCUCUCCCCAACCACCCCCCUGGAUGUCUCCUCUUCGCCCCCUACGGGGAGGCGGCCACGUACAGCCUACACAGCGGAACAGAUCAACAGUCUGGAGAGGGCCUUCAAGAGGAACGCCUACCUGGGAACUCGGGACAAGGUUGAGCUCUGCAAGAAACUCGACCUCUCAGACAAACAGAUCCGUAACUGGUUCCAGAACAGGCGUAUGAGGAUGAAGAGGAUGGUCCAGGACGCUCUUGCCCAAGCGUGCCAGGCUAAAGUAGCCUCUCACCUGCUGCACUACCCCGAGCUACAUGCCUACCACCCCCAUCAUGCAGGAGCAGAGGGGGGCGCUGCCACCCCAUACCUCCACCCACACUACAGCUCAUCCACAGCCCUACCCAGCCUCCCCCUGGACUCUUUCUACCAGUACUCCAGCCUACCAGGCCUGGUGAUGCCCACUACUGGGUCCUACCAGCCGUACACUCACCAGUAUUAA